UUCUAAAGAAAAAAAUAGAGGAGAAAAUGAACACAAUGCGUCAAAAAAGUGUUUCGUCCUUUAGCUUACCAUUAUUCAAAGAGAAACAUCUUCUUAUCUCUGGGUAUCUGUGGCCUCGCUCGUGCUCUCUUCUGUUGUUGUUGUGACAUCUCUCUUAUUUCCAAGGCCAAACAACAUCAACUAUCAUCCAACACACCACACCUUCUAUUCUACAUCUUCAAAAUCCAACUUCAAUUACAAUAUUCAAUUUCUACCGUAAAAACUCCACUAUAACAACUCCUAAUACUGAACUGAACUAGCCUGAAUUUUCCCUUUCUUCCUUACAUUCUUUAAAUUGAACUGUCUUUGGCUAAUGGAUCAACAAGGGUUACUUCGCACUAAGAAACCCUUCAUUGCAGACGAUGAGAUCAUGGAGCUAUUAUGGCAAAACGGUCAAGUUGUCACGCAGACUCAAAAUCACCGGUAUAUCAAUAAACCACCGCCGGGGAGAAACUCCGACGCCUCCACUCGCGGCGGAUCUUCAUCGCCGAGGGAGAAUCAGUAUCUCUUUAUGCAAGAAGGCGAAAUGGCUUCGUGGCUUCAUUAUCCUAAUCCCGAUGAUGAUGAUUCUCCUUUGGAUCAAUCCUUCUGUGCUGAUUUCCUUAACCAGCCGUCGGCUGUUAAUAACAAUAGUACCAUGCAAACUCCACCACGGAGGUCCGAGCAGGUGCCUCCGGUUAGAGCCGAACCAGAAUCAUUGUCGAUUUUGAGAGCUUUUGAAUCAACGGUUGUAGAUUCGUGCGAUACUCCAGCUGUGAUGCCGUUGGCGAUUUCAGAGAGGAUUAGAAGUUCGACGGAGCCAACGGAAGGAGCGACAUGCACAUCGGUGCCAGGGACGACGUUUGAUGAACCGGAAAGUUCGAGUAGCAGUGGAGAACCGGUUCGGAAGGUAGCGGAGCUGGACCGGAAGCGGAAGGAAAAGGAAGCGGAUGAAUGGAAGUAUCUUAGCGAGGAUGUUGAUUUUGAAUCUGCGGAAGCAAAAAGUAAAAUCGGUGGAUCAUCAAACAAGAGAUCUCGUGCUGCUGAGGUCCAUAGUCUCUCAGAGAGGAGGCGCCGUGAUCGGAUUAAUGAAAAGAUGAAAGCCCUGCAAGAACUUAUACCUCAAUCUAAUAAGUCCGACAAAGCGUCUAUGCUGGAUGAGGCAAUUGAGUAUUUGAAGUCACUGCAGUUACAAGUUCAGAGAGUACAACUUAUGCAGAUGAUGUCCAUGGGAUGUGGCAUGGUACCUAUGAUGUUUCCUGGAAUCCAGCAGUAUAUGCCACCAAUUGGAAUGGGAAUAAACAGACCAGUAAUGCCGUUUCCCAGUAUGCUGCCCGGUUCUGCUUUGCCUGCAAGUUUCGGGCCAAGGUUCGCUAUGCCUCCUUUCCACGUACCGCAUGUUCCUACACCCGAUUCAUUCACAAUGCCAGCAGCAAAUCUGGCAGAUAAUAACAUGCCCACCUCAGUUGGAACACAUGAUGCAAAUCAGCAACCUAUCCCAAACUUCACUGAUCCUUAUCAUCAAUAUCUUGGACACCACCAGAUGCAGUUUCAAUUAAUGCAGAAUAAGGCAAUGAACCAACCAAAUGUCAGCAAGUCAGAAAUCCGCCAGUCAGGAGAUAAAUGAUUAUUUGACAGUUACAAUCAAGGGCUUACGGAAAUGGUACUACUAGUAUUAUUGUAAGUUCCGAAUACGCUAUAUUUUACCGAACAUAGAUAACUAUGCGUAAUUAAUAGUAAUGGAUUUGCAUUGUGUAAAUUGCAGUUAUAUUUUCUGCCACCCAAACUACAGUAUGCCAUGUUUUGUAGUGUAACAGAAGGACCUUUUUGUAAGUUCUCAGUUGCAAGCUACUGCUAACAUGUAAAUUAUUGAAACUUAGUUUUCUCUCGUCUUUUGUCUUCCCUCGUCGACACUUUUUCUUUUUACAAAAUAAUUUGGUACGCUGGAUCAUAGGUUAAAGUGUUCAUCGAUUACACUAUAUGUAUGUAAAAGUAAAUGUUAAGAUUGUGAAAAUAGUUACAACUGUUUUAUUCGGUAA